AUGAGAUCCCCCCACAUUAUCUCGACUGUGUUAGUGGUAGUAACAACACUUAUUGUAUCUUGUUCUACAUCCGUGUUUGUCCAAGCCAACAAUUAUGGUGGCUUUACCGCCGAUCUCAUCCACCGAGAUGCACCGAAAUCACCCUUCUAUGAUCCUCUCUUAACCCCUUCUCAACGGCUAAAGAACACUUUUCGUCGUUCAUUAGACCGUGCGAAUCAGUUCGCAUCAGCAAGUGUAAUCGUUAGUGGUGGUGAAUAUCUGAUGAAGAUAUCUUAUGGGACGCCACCAUUUGAAACACAGGCAGUUGUUAACACUGCUGAUGCUUCUACAUGGACCCAAUGCCUACCUUGCACUCAAUGUUCCCAGGAAAAGUUCCCUCGUUUUGAUCCACAAAAUUCUUCCACAUACGAGUCUGUUUCUUGUCAUUCAAGAACAUGUGACCAAUUUUCAAGUUCCAUGUGCACGCAGGACAGUUCAGCUUGUGCUUUCUUUGUACUUUAUGGAGAUGAUUCUAACGUUUAUGGCGAACUUGCAAGAGAAACUAUAACUUUGGAAGGAUCUGCUGGGGAUAGGGUGUCUUUCCCUGACUUUAUUUUCGGAUGUGGACAAGGUGGUGACUUUCCUAAGGAGGGAUCUGGCAUUGUUGGCCUAGGAUUCCAGCACCAAUCACUGAUCUCGCAAUUAAAUUCCUCGCUAAAUGGGAAAUUUUCCUAUUGUUUUGGUCCAUCCAAUGAUGUCUCCAAGCCUGGAAAAAUCGGAUUCGGUGACAAUCCUGAACUCUUGGGAAGAGAAGGGGUGGUCUCAACGCCGCUACAUUUUGAUUUCACAUACAGCCUGAGACUAGAAGCCAUUAGUGUUGCAGAUACAAGAUUGGAGUAUCAUUAUGAUACACCCUCUUCAACAUCAGGCAACAUUUUCAUAGACUCUGGGACACCUUAUACUUUUCUUCCACAAGAACUCUACAGUGAUUUUAAAGCUGCCAUACAACGUGAAAUUGGGUCACAGAAUAUAGUGGUCGACCAAGAACAUGACUUUACAUUGUGUUACUCAUCUCUGCUUGACAGUAAUAUUCCCAAUGUCACGUUACAUUUUACAGGUGCAGAUUUGAAGUUGAACCCAGAAAACAUCUUUGAUAGGACCUCAUCUUCUCCAGUGUGCCUAGGAUUUGCCCCAAAUGACAUUGGCAUACUUGGAAAUAUAGCACAGGCUAACUCUUGGGUACAAUAUGACUUGGGAAACAAAAUUAUCUCCUUUAAGCCAGCUGAUUGCACCAAAUGA